AUGAGCGUCACUCUUGACGGACUGUACAUCUUCGAUGAUCACAAUAACUGCGUCCUUGAGCACACCUACUCCGGCCGUCCUCCAUCUGCGCAGACCCUCAUCGCCAGCCUAGCGACUCGACCGGUGCCUCGACCGUCCGUCACGCAGCUGUCAGACCUCGCUCCUCCUACGACCGCGUAUUGCAUUUCGCAUUCGGCCCUCCAAUUGAUCGCAGUCUCGAGCAAAGAUGCGCAGUCACUGGCCAUCCUCGACUUCCUCAGUCGGGUGCUCGAUAUCUUCGAAGACUUCCUGGGAAGCCCCCUCCUGACGAGCAAGAUCGAAGACAGUUAUGAGAUCGUGGCCCAAUUACUGGCUGAGAUGUGCGAUGGCGGCAUCAUAUGCAACACGGAACCCAACGCACUGCGGGAGUCGGUAGAAGUCUCCUCAGUGCUAGGGAAGCUGUUCACACAAGUCGGACUACCUGGAGCGUCGCCGGCGCUGGGGCCGUCCAGCAAUUUCGCCUCCAGCCUACGUCCAUCUCCUACAACGUCACAAGGCCCAGCUAUACCUUGGCGCAAGUCGAAUGUGCGACAUACCUCGAACGAGCUCUACGUCGAUAUCAUCGAGAAUCUCUCUGUUGUCUUCGCACCGUCGGGCCGUCCCAUAUCUGCGCGAUCCCACGGCUCAAUAGCAUUUACUGCAAAGAUAUCCGGAAUCCCAGACUUGCUGCUGGUCUUGACUGCACCUGGAGGUACUAGCAGUGCGAAGACAGCGGGCAUCACUCGAACCAUGCAACUGCCAGUCUUCCAUCCCUGUGUCCGGCUGGCGAGGUGGAAAGAGCAUCCUGGAGAACUCUCGUUCGUGCCUCCAGACGGCCGGUUUAUGCUUGCCGGCUAUGAGACCGACCUCAUGCCCACAUCCCUGGACACCGACCAACCUCCCAGCAAAACCGACAGGAUAUUCCUCCCAGCGACCGUAGAUCUGCGUGGUGGACUAGGCGCUUCAGCAUGUGAUUUCGAAGCCAAACUCACCCUCAACAACAACUUCCCCGGCGUUGUUUCUUCCACCAAGCCGAGCGCUCCUCGAGCAAGCUCAGGCCCAAUAUCCUCCCUGUCCUUUGGAGGCUCGAAUACUGGCAGUUCGAGUGCCCCAACACUGGAAGCCGUGGUGGUCACCAUCCCAUUUCCCGCCGAUGUCCGUAGUGUCACCGAGCUAAAAGCUUCGCGAGGUGAAGCAACGUUCAACGCAUUUGACAAGGUCGUUGAGUGGAAAGUCCCCACCAAAGACGGGGCGUCGAUCAACGGUACAGCAACCCUGACUGGCACUGUGAGCGGGCCCUUUAACCCGGCUGACGGCCUUGACGAAGAAACCCAAGCCGCUGAAGCCGGCAAGUUGAACUCAAUGGCAGGCUACUACAACGAAGAGGUUGUCGCAAAUCCAGGCGCUGGGCCUGAUCCCUCUCCGAAUGGAAGUGGCAAACGGAUGCAGGCAAGCAAAGCCCUCAUGCCGCGGUCUAUUUCAGUCUCGUUCAACGUCAAGGGAUGGAUCCCAAGCGGCAUCAAGGUCGACAGCCUGGUCGUCGACGUGAAGAAAUCCAAAGGGCUAGGUGACGGGGUUCGGCCCUACAAGGGCGUCAAGUAUCUCACUGUGAGUAGACAAGGUGUCGAAAGAAGAGUGGAAUAG